AUGGAUCGACUCGAUGACUACUUGGUGGAACUGAUCGUCCAAAGAUCAGGACUUAAAGACGUCCUGAAUUGUUCAGGAACAUGUAAACGAUUCAACACAAUCAUAACCUGUUCAACCGUCAUACAGCUCUUUCUUCACAGACAGCUUUUUGGAAGAUCUUAUCCAUCCACACCACAUGAUCUUAUUUGUUCUUCCGGCGAACGCAAGGCUGGUCUUUCCUUGGCUCAAAAGCUUGCUACCCUGUCGAAAGUCGAGCAUAACAUCAUACGCUACAAACCGCAUCUUCGAUCGUACAAAAUCCCACAUGGUCAAGUUAUCUGUGCUAUUGGAGAUGGCUACAUCGUUACAGUAUUCAAGCCCAAUUUGGAUGUAGACCCGGGACCAGACCAACUAUACUCGUUAGCUACUAUAUGGACUCCCUAUGAAGGAGAACUUAGAGCUAAAGUAGUCAAAGUGGAUUUCAAACCUUGUUCCGACCCUGGAGCUAAAGUUGUAGAUGUCGAAGAUAACGUCAUCAUUUGUAUGCAAGAAUUCCAAUUGGAAAGAGGAUCUCUUUACAGGACUAGAGUAAUUCGCCUUUUCAAUGACGGCGAUAUAGCUCGUCCCUGGCCAUCAGACGAACCCAUCAGUUCAGAGGCGUUCGAAUCUAUGUUGACUCCAAGAAUACGCAUUGGACGAGCAGGAUUAUUAGUGAUGAGUUCAGAUCGCGAGAUCAGAUGGACUAAAUGGACAGAUGGAAGAGAAGCAAAGUGGGGUACGAUUGAGAGCCCACCAUAUCUCAAAUCUCCUUAUUCCGUCAGGGUUUACGGUCAUGAUAUCGUAGGCAUAUUGGGACAAUGCGAAGCUCAGAGCCUCACACAAAGUAUCGAAACGAACUCGGACCCUUGGCCUGUCUGUCGAGAUUAUCUUCUCAUCUAUAAACUCAAUCAUCCAACGAGAGACUCUUUAGUGAGACCGACCCUGAUUCUCCGCAUGCCGUGGACAAGAAAUGAGUAUUCGUUCAUGAUGGGCGAAUCCCUCAUCCAUGGACCACCUGGUACUCUCGCAAAACCGGCUGUCUUGGCCAACUCCAAUAAUGGUCAUAGCGCAGUAAUGCAAGUAGAUGUCGUGCUGGAGGAAGAAGAUGUACAUCCACAGCUUCAAGAUUACCGACCAUGGGGCACCAUCGAUAUUCCUUUGAAGAUCAUCUUUGCCAUGAUGGACAACUUGGAUAAACCUAUCAGUACCGGAAGACACAAGGGAAGAACGAGGCAAAUUCGAUCUACCCGACAAUUCCAUCCAACGACCCCAACGACCGACUCUGAGAUAUCUCAAAUGCUUUCCGCGGAGGAAGAAUUCAAAUGCGAAUGCUGUAUCCGUCUUAAUGAACCUGUCGAACUUUUGAACGGGGUUCGUGUGUUCUCCCCGGAUGAAUGGAUGGACAAAGCUUAUUCAUCAUACACGAGAUCGUUACCCGAUUUGCCCGAAAAUCCUUGUAUCUUUGGAACAAGAUUCAUCGAAGACUAUAGGCAUUGCCAUGAGCACAAAACGACCGAUGGCCAUGUCUUGACGGAAAUCAAAAUGAGAAAUUAUUUAUGCGAAUCUGAGUAUGACACUCAAAAGCCUAUCGCAUUAGGAGGAAUGGGAAAGACGCUGAGGUUACCUAAGGUUGGGAAAGAUACUGGGAGACUCCGAUCGUCCGGCCUUCGUGUUUACAAGCCUAAGAGUGACACAAUGGAUAGGUUCGCUGUACACACAUUCUCGUUGGGACGAUUCAAAAAUAUUCCAGCCAGGGGUCUCAUCGAACACGUAUUCUUCGACGGGGAGAAGUUUGUCUUCGAACACAGUGGGGGUUGGGUCACCAUGUUGGAUUUUGCCUAA